GGAUAUAAAUUGAGGGGAAUGCAAGUAGUGGAAGCGUGUUGUUGUUAUCGUCGGUAGUUAUGCGCAGCGCUACGUGACGAGACGGGGAGUGACUUCAGACAUUGGCUUUAUAUAAGCGAGUUAUGAUCCGUAAUUUGUACCGAGUAUCAUCACCGAUUCUAUGGAGAAAUGGGAUACGUGAGAAACAUGCCAUGGUUGACGUUCUGACGGAACGCGUGCCCUUUUCGAAGGAUUUUCUGUUUCGUCAGCUUUUCGAUCCAGGAUCCAGUACGUACACGUAUUUACUAGCCGAUAUCAGCGAUAAGGAAGCGAUUUUAAUCGAUCCGGUCAUCGAAUGGGCUGAUCGUGACAAAACAAUCGUCGAGGAGCUGGGAUUAACGUUGAAAUAUGCCCUGAACACGCACAUGCACGCAGACCACAUCACCGGGACGGGCCGACUGAAAUGCCUGUUGCCCGGCUGCAAGUCUAUGAUAUCGCGUAGCAGCGGUGCUAAGGCGGACGUACUCCUAGAACCAAACGAUCAAGUCCAAUUUGGCAGGCAUCAACUGAGAAUAUUGUCCACUCCAGGUCAUACCGAAGGUUGCGUCACGUACGUUUGCGAUGAGCAGGCAAUCGCGUUCACGGGUGAUGCGCUGUUGAUACGGGGAUGCGGCAGAACUGACUUUCAGGGUGGAUCCGCCGCGAUCCUGUACAAAUCCGUUCACGAGAAGAUCUUCACGCUGCCGCGAAAUUACCGACUAUACCCUGCACACGAUUACAACGGUAGAACCGUCACCACCGUGGCCGAGGAGAAAGCCCUUAAUCCCAGGCUGUCCAAGUCUCUGGAGGAGUUCGUCCGAAUUAUGGACAACCUUAACCUACCUUAUCCCAAGAUGAUCGAUAAAGCUGUACCGGCCAACAAAGUUUGCGGUCUAUAUGAGGUGAAAGAAGAAAAGGAUGAACAAUGAAAAUUAUUGACAGCGCUGUAGCCGAUGCACUAGCACGCUAGUAUUGUAAUUUUACACUCUAUUAAUAAUUCAUGGUCCCGAUAGUUAACGUUCGUAUGUCACGAAUAGCGCAGGAUUAUUCCGUAUUUUAACGUAUAUUGUUAUCGAUAUUAUUAACAUUAAAUGAGAAAUAAUCGCGAAUCUUGUCAAUUUGCCAACAAAAAGUAUUCAAAAGUGAUAUAAGGCAUGCGAUAUGAUAAUUUUUAAUAUAUAAUUCACGUAUACAUAGCAAUGAUAUGGAUGAAUUAUUUUCCUCUACUCUGGUUUUGCAUGUGCGAGCACGACGUUAUUUAUUUAUGUUUAUAUCCGCACUAUUUUAACGUAUUAGAAUCUAUCUAAAAAUUUAUGCGUUAAACGGCAAACAACUGCUAUCUCUUUUUACAUGUUAAAAUUUAAUUAUGGCAUUUUGUUUGUAUGCUUUUCCGUACGAGCGUUUUAUUCAUCAUAACAGUAACGUAACCGAUAACGCGUAUCAAAUGAGCGCUUUAUUUCAUGUCCACACUUUAAUGGGUUAAAAUGCGCGUUUUAUGCGUUUAUUUCAUGUCCUUUGAAGGAUACGACAUGUAUAUAAAAUGUACGACCGAAUGACGGAACGUUGUAUAACAUUCUUAAUGGAUGUAAUUUUGUUUACGAUAGAAAUAAAAUUAUAUUACGC